AUGGGAAGAAACCAAUUCUUCGUUGGGUUUGUAAUUCACAGCGGCGGAAACGGAGCGUUUUAUGCGUGGUGCAAAAAGUUAAAAGAUGAUAUUGUCAUUGAUCAUAGAUUCUGCCCUCCGAACACAAAUAUACUUUCUAGAUGGGUGGAAAUUGAGCUAGACGAUCGUUUUCGUGUAUGCGGUCCAGUGAGAAUAAUCAACGACUUAUUCGAAAGUAUACACGACGGAAAAUUCGCGGAGGUGAAAGUUCAGAUCAAACCUGAAUAUUGCUAUCAUGGCAUUGAAAUGUUCACUAAUGACGAAAUGGGAUUGAUCGGUGAUCCGAGACAUGUUAUUGGAAGAGUAGAAAUAGACGGAGUUUAUGAUGUUUGGAUUAGGAGUAGUGAAAAAACCAAAAUGUAUCAUGAAACUGGAGCGAGAUGGGUGGUGUCAACGAGGAAUAUGAAUGUGGCACCGAUGAAUCGCCGAAAUGAAUUGCCGUCUUCGAGUUAUAAUAUUGACUCUCAAGCAGAUAGAAGUCAUUAUUCGCGUCGUCGUUCUCCAGAAAAUUAUGGUUAUAAUCGUCCACCAUCUCGUUCUCCACAAAGAGCACCACAACGAUUCGAUAACGGUUAUGGCAACGAUAAUUAUCGCCGACGUGACGACUGGAAUCGGAAUUUUUACGAUUACCAAUCAGCUUCGAAUUCAGUUCAUGGAUCAGACGGGCGACGUUCGCCGGGACCCAGAAAUUACUACCAAAACGAUAACAAUUUCCCCAGAAACCAUCCACCGGACAAUGAGAUCAAUAGACCUUAUAGAGCUUCCCCAUCAGUUCGAAAUGAACCAGCAUUUGAUCGUAACCCUCCGUCGAACAACAGUUAUCCAUCAAAUGAACGUCGCACAAGAACACCUGAGCGGAACAUUCAGAGUCAAAGCAGUUAUCGUCAUUCUCCUGCUCCGCCUCCAGUUAAUCAUUUGACCUCAAAUGCCCCUCAAGAAUCAGCUCAACUCUAUAAACCAAGAGGUUCUUCGAUGUCGUCAUCUCAAUAUAAUCGACCAAGAACCCGAUGUGAUUCUUCACGCUCCAGAGGUGAAACCACUUCUGACUCAGAUGAUGAUGAACCACCUAAAAUUACGGGACCCAUUCAAAGCGCUAGAGAGCGAGGAGAAAAUAUAAGAAGAGAAUCAGAUGGUGUCCCUUCAAAAUCUCCAAUUCAAAAUAAUGAGCCAACAUCUAAACAUGUCUCUGGAAACCAAGCAGUAGUUGAAACACGCCAGGGACAACGUUCUUCCGAUGUAUCAGUUUUGAAUAGUCAGGCUACUCUGGACAAAUCCCGCGAUCAAGUCAAACAACCAGUAUACAAAGUGCAGAAAACAGCGGAAGAGAAGGAAAUGACAAAACUUAAAACGAAAGUGACCCUCAUGAAGAACCUUAUCCGUUCUCUAACAUCAAGUAAAGAAGUUCGUGAUAAAAUGAUGUUGGCAAGUUUGGAAGAAUACGAAGAGCUGAUGAGUAUUGUCAAACAGUAA